AUGAAGGAAGAGGUAAUAACUAUGGUGGUAAUGAAGGAAGAGCUAUUGACUAUGGUGGGAAUGAGAGAAGAGCUAUUGAAUAUGGUGGUAAUGAAGAAAGAGAUGGUGGCAAAAACCAAGGAAACA